AUGGAAGAAGAGAAUACACGACAAAAUACGUCGAGUGAAUCAUCUUGUUUAAGCAGAAGAGAUUCAUUAUCAUCAUCUGAAGCAGCUACCAAGGUAAGUCAUGAAUAUUCUAAUGAUAUUUCAAACAAUUUAGAUAUGCCGGCGAACAAUGAUCAUCAACAAAAUGAAAUUUCAACUGGAAACAGUUCGAACAUAAGUUCAUCUUCUAUAAUAAAAAACACUUCGAUUGCUGUUAAUGAAGCUGUUCAACAACGACACUCAAAUGAAAUCUUAUGUUCACGGUCUGAUUGUCCCAAAAAGGAACGCAAGUGCACAUCAACUGAAUUGGAUAUUUUUUCAGCCGACGAGUGCAUUGACAAAUUUGAGAUUGAAACUGAGGGUGUGUGUCCAAUAAUGGUGAAACGCCGAGAAGAAAUGAAUGAAGCUGAAGCACUUCAAAAGAAAUACAAAGAUGGUCGCGUGCCACUCUUCAGUUGUGAAACAAACAUAAAUGAAUACGAACGUGGCUGGGUAUGUAAUGCUAGAAAUAUUCAAACAUCAGCUAUAUUUGAUUAUGGCCAUCCUCCCAUAAUUAUUGUAAGUAUUAAAUCAUUUUCAAGAAGAAUUGAUGAAGGCUAUGAACCAAAUGAAGUCCGACUUCGUGAUCUUAAAGACACCAUCAGAAUCAGUUCUAUUAAUCAAUGA